AUCCGGCCUCUUCCGCCUGAGUCACCUGCCCCUCCCUGCGGAGCCGGACGCAGCAGGAGGCCCCAGAGCAGCACAGACUAGCGGACCGGCCGACGCGCGAGAGAGGCGGAAUCUUGAGUCACAGCCAUGUUCCUGGUUAACUCGUUCUUGAAGGGUGGAGGAGGCGGCGGGGGAGGCGGGGGCCUGGGCGGGGGCCUAGGGAAUAUGCUCGGAGGCCUGAUCAGCGGGGCCGGAGGCGGCGGCGGAGGCGGCGCCGGCGGAGGCGGAGGCGGCGGCGGUGGUGGUGGCGGAACUGCCAUGCGCAUCCUGGGCGGGGUCAUUAGCGCCAUUAGUGAGGCGGCUGCGCAGUACAACCCAGAGCCCCCGCCCCCUCGCACCCAUUACUCCAACAUCGAGGCCAAUGAGAGUGAGGAGGUCCGGCAGUUCCGGAGGCUCUUUGCCCAGCUGGCUGGAGAGGACAUGGAGGUCAGUGCCACAGAACUCAUGAACAUUCUCAACAAAAUCGUGACCCGACAUCCUGAUCUGAAGACGGAUGGUUUUGGCAUUGACACAUGUCGCAGUAUGGUGGCUGUUAUGGAUAGUGACACGACCGGCAAGCUGGGCUUCGAGGAAUUCAAGUACUUGUGGAACAACAUCAAAAAGUGGCAGGCCAUAUACAAAAGGUUUGACCUUGACUGUUCAGGGACCAUUGGCAGCAGUGAACUCCCGGGGGCCUUUGAGGCAGCAGGAUUCCGCCUGAAUGAGCAUCUCUACAACAUGAUCAUCCGACGCUACUCAGAUGAGGAAGGGAACAUGGAUUUUGACAACUUCAUCAGCUGCCUGGUCAGACUGGAUGCCAUGUUCCGUGCCUUCAAAUCUCUUGACAAAGAUGGCACUGGACAAAUCCAGGUGAACAUCCAGGAGUGGCUACAGCUGACCAUGUAUUCCUGAACGGGAGUCCCAGACCUGCCCCCUCAUCGCCUCGCUGUAGGAGUCACCUUGGACUCUUCAGUCUCCCCCAGGGUUGAUCCUGUUUGCAGUCACAUCUUCAUGGUUCCUGCUGACCCACAGGCCUUUCUGUUCUCCCAGCCCUUGGCACCGGAUUCUCAGUCAACAACCAGGGCCCAACAUGCUUCAACACACCCUGCCCCGGCACACCCAUCUCACAUCUACUCCAUAACCCCUCUCUUGCUUCUGUGCCAAGCCCAAUGUUUGUGUUGCUUGCACACCCCAAGGGCCCUUCUCUCAGUUCUGGGAGGAUCACUCCAGUCCCUACACACCCUGGCACACCCAUUCAGUUACCACCCAGGCAGCUGAACUCCAGGCCAUAACAGGCCACAUGCCCCAGUGCCUUUGUCUGUAUUCUGCUCCCAGCCUGCCAGGCCCAGGCGGAAAUAAAUGCACCCUAGUUGCUGCUCUCUCUGA